GCCGGCCAAGGUCGGCUUUUGAAUACAAAUUAACAUGUGGCAAAGUUACCAACAUAGUUGAGUCGAUUUAAAAGAGGAAACUUUUAUUUGCAUCACCAAAGUUCAUAUGCUGCUGACUUGACGCUAAAACCGAAGCCUGCCAGUAUGGGAUCCUCUUUCAGUUGCUGUGAUUCUGAGAAAGUAGACCGGUUGGGUAGUAGUGGUGGCAAUGGCAACAGUAGUUCAUGGAGGAUGUAUACAUACAAGGAGUUGCAUGCCGCAACUAAUGGUUUCCAUGAUGAUAACAAACUGGGAGAAGGUGGAUUUGGAAGUGUUUACUGGGGAAAGACUACUGAUGGCCUUCAGAUAGCGGUGAAGAAAUUGAAAGCGAUGAAUUAUAAGGCAGAAAUGGAGUUUGCAGUAGAAGUGGAAGUGCUGGCGAGGUUGAGGCAUAAGAAUUUGUUGGGUCUGAGGGGUUACUGUGUGGGAACUGAUCAGAGGCUAAUUGUUUAUGACUACAUGCCAAAUCUCAGCUUACUCUCUCAUCUUCAUGGCCACUUCGCUUCUGAAGCUCUCUUGGAUUGGAAAAGAAGAUUGAAAAUUGCUCUUGGCUCUGCUCAAGGCAUUUUGUAUCUGCAUCAAGAAGUAAAACCCCACAUAAUCCACAGAGACAUAAAAGCAAGCAACGUACUACUAGACUCAGAUUUUGAGCCAUUGGUAGCCGAUUUCGGUUUUGCAAAACUAAUCCCCGAGGGUGUUAGCCACAUGACAACUCGUGUCAAAGGGACUUUAGGUUAUCUUGCUCCCGAAUACGCGAUGUGGGGCAAAGUUUCCGAGAGCUGCGACGUGUUCAGCUAUGGGAUACUUUUACUCGAGCUGAUGACUGGAAGGAAGCCAAUCGAAAGACUCCCUGGAGGAGCAAAGAGAACCAUUUCAGAAUGGGUUAAUAUGACAAUAAAUAAAGACAGAUUCAAAGACUUGGCUGAUAAGAAACUCAAGGGACAGUUGAAUUGGAAAGAGUUCGAACAAGUAAUGCAUUUAGCAAUAAUGUGCGUCCAAACGGAGGCAGAGAAACGACCUACAAUAAAACAAGUGGUGGAAAUUUUGAAAGGGUUGAUGGCAACUGAUAAUGCUGGAAAUAACAAAAUGCCCGUAUUAAUGAGUAUUCCAAGUGUUAGACCAUAUGACAAUAAAACUAAUAAUGAUGAUAAAGAAGAUCAUCAUCGUUACGAGCUACCUAACAAGGAAUUUCAUAGAGGUGGAGAUGAACCAGAGAGUUUUGAUUAUGGGGUUUUUAGUGCCAUUGAAGAGCAGAAGAUCAUAAGGGAUUAUCCUUACACAAAACAUAAACAACAACCUCAAAAUAUUUGGAAAUGAAUGCUUAAUGUGUAACAAAUGAAAUUAAUGGUAGCAAACGUAUUAUGGAAACUUUUUGUAAUUUUUCA